CUUACUGUUUGUAAAACGUAUUGCUGGCAAAAAUGUUGGCUUCUCAGCUCUGUGCAGUGUGGGGAAGGAGGAGAAGGCAAGUGGACAUUCAUAUCUUCCUCUUCCAACUAUAUAUAUAUAUAAAACAUAGACUGUGGAUUUCACAAUCCGAGUCAGAUGUCUGAGGUUUGGUGUUCAGGGUUACAUGCAGCUCAGGCCAACGUAUGUUACGGUAUCUGCAAAGCACUUUUGCUACAGCAGGGACUGCCCAAAAGCUUGGUUAAGCUGGACCACACACAGAAAACUAAAACAAGUACCAAAAAGUUCAGGUUUUGUACUGGAAGAGUUUAGCAGCCUGAAGGAGAGAACAGUGACCAUCUAGACGGUGGGUGGGUAGGGGAGAGGUUAAGACAGCUGUCACCUCAUUACUGAACAAAUUCUGUGAGAAAAUCAGAGGUUGUAGGUCAUCGUGUCCAUCUUAAAAUACUGAAGGAACUAAAUAUGGAAUUACAAGUGUGGUCUAAGGAUUUGUAGCUGAUGUCUGAAUUUUCAGGGAUUUGGGCAGGAGAAUAGCAAAUGCGGCACCUGUACCCAGAACCACGGAAAAGCUGUUAGAAGCAGCGCAGACCUGCGAGUUUGAUACCAACAGUUGGGAAAGUUCUAGGACAAAUUCUGAGGGGAAAAAAUGAAGAACAAAGAGGUGACUGGAAAGUGUGGUAAAUUAUAGCAAGGUCUUAUCAGAAGUACGUUCUGUUAGAUAAAUCGCUCUCUUGAUGAGAAAACUAAUUUCCUUAGCAGGGGCAAUAUAGUGGAUUUAAUUAACUGAAGCCUUAAUUCAAAACACAUUACUGAAUGUGGAAAUGAGGGGGAUUCCUACAGGAAUUCAAAGGGGGUUGUGGAGCAGGUUGGGGCAGUCUUUUUUUUAUUUUUUUUUUUUUUUUUACACUAAAUGCCCUGUUAUCAGGUUGUCGGAGGGGAUUCUCGUUUUAUUCCCCGGGUCAUCUUGAAUCUGAUCUUCCCAUAUACUAACCAAGGUUUGUGCUUAGGAAAUUGGAGAGGAAUACAGAGCUGGUGGUGUCAGUGCAGAGGACAGGAUUGCACUAUUAAAACCAACCCAAACCAAGAGAAGUUUAGUAGCCCAGAGCAGACACUUGUACGACUAACGAUAAAACCAGCCUUUCGUGUAAAGAGUCAGCAGCCGGAGAGAACGCAAAGACUCCUCACGCCCGCGCCGCCAGGGGGCGCCGCAGUGCCGCGCCCAGCCUCGCCGCUGCCCCCCGUCAGGCCGCUCAGCCGAGCUCCGAGCGCUGCCUGCCUGCCUGCCUCCCCCGCCGCCGCCCAGCCCCGCUCAGCCGAUGGCCGAUGCGGCCGGGCUGAGGCGAAAGAUGGCUCUGUCGCGGGGGCUGCGGUGCUGCCAGCGGGCCUUCGCCUGGCUGCCCGUCCUCAUCAUCGCCCUCGUCGUCCUCUGGUCCUACUACGCCUACGUCUGCGAGCUGUGCCUCGUGACUCUGAGCAACCCUGUGGAAAAAGUGGCCUAUCUUACAAUAUUCCAUAUUCUCUUUGUGCUCUUUGUGUGGACAUAUUGGAAGUCUAUUUUUACUCUCCCAGUACAGCCAGGCAAAAAGUACCAUAUGUCCUAUGCUGACAAAGAGCGCUAUGAAAAUGAAGAAAGGCCGGAGGUGCAGAGGCAAAUUCUGGCCGAAAUUGCAAGGAAGUUGCCGGUGUACACAAGAACGGGGAACGGAGGUGUUCGAUUCUGUGAUAGAUGCCAGCUAAUAAAACCUGAUCGUUGUCACCAUUGUUCUGUUUGUGCUAUAUGUGUGCUAAAAAUGGAUCAUCACUGCCCAUGGGUGAAUAACUGCAUUGGAUUUUCUAACUACAAAUUCUUUCUACUGUUCUUAGCCUAUUCUUUGUUGUAUUGCUUGUAUAUUGCUGCAACAGUCUUCAAGUAUUUCAUUAAGUAUUGGACAGGUGAACUGACUAAUGGACGUUCCAAAUUUCAUGUCCUUUUCCUUCUCUUCGUGGCAGUCAUGUUCUUUGUAAGCCUUAUGUUUCUUUUUGGCUACCAUUGUUGGCUCGUCAGUAGAAACAGAUCUACAUUAGGUGCACUGAAGCUCAUCUGUCCCAAAACAUCAGACCUCUGCAGCAGCUUAGAAGAGGCUUUUUCAGCUCCAGUGUUUCAAAAUGGCCCAGAUAAAAAUGGAUUCAAUCUUGGGUUUGUAAAGAAUCUUCAACAAGUGUUUGGAGAAGAAAAAAAGCUCUGGCUACUACCUAUUGCCUCCAGCCAGGGCGAUGGACAUUUUUUCCCAAUGAGAGCUUUGUGUGAAGCUCAGAAUCCUCUCCUAGCAAAUGAGGAGCAGUGGGAAGAUGAUGGAAUAGAUGAAGAGCCUCACGAUUCUGGUGAAGCUUCAUCCCUUGCUAUAGAAAGGGAGACAUAGCAGUUUGAGGAUGCAGCAGUAGAAAGCCUGCUGGAAAGCUUCCCUCUCAGGAGUCAACAUCCCUUCUCCUGGCAUGGACUUUGGUUUUGAGAGGCAGAAAGCACGUGGAUCUUCAAGAUAAGAAAACAUCAUGAAGUAUCGUCUGAUUGGAAUCUGCAUUCUAGAGUGCUUCUCCAGAAAUCCUGCUAUCUAGAUGUUUCAAGGCUUUAUAAGUUUUAAGUUAUGGAGUGAACAGAACAGUUUCAUAGAGUGAUUCUGGCCAAUCUUCUUUGGCCUGCUCUCUUUAUUUUAUAAAUAAUAUAUAUUUUUUAUUCAAAAUAGGUAAAAAGUAUUGAUGCGAGGGCAUUUCCAAAGGCCUUUUCAUUUUGCAAACAUCAGGGACUCGAGUUCUUGAAAUUCUUCCAAGCCAUAAUAUUCUUGGGGAUGGUAUUUAUUUUGAGACUGAUUCUCCAACCUUCUCUGACAAGUGGCAUUUUCUAAUGUGUUUAAAGUUCUGAGUCAGUUCAACUCAGUGAGAGACAGACCCACUUAAAUUUGGCACUAAAUUGAUAGUUGGAUAUAAGUGUUUUGAAAGAAAAAGUGCUGAACAUGCAUAUAUACAUGUGCAGCUGUGUAUGAAAAUAAAAUUCACAUUGCCAAUAUCAAGAUUCAAGAAUAUUGUGGCCAUAGAUUUGGGGUUUUUUUAAACAUUUUUUAAGGAAGGUGGAAUUGUCUUUGAGUUACAGUGUCCUUUAAGCCCAAUCCUAUUUGCAGAGACGUAAAAUGCAAAAGGAAACUUUAGACAGUACCAUUUGCAUUAAUUCCUAGGGCUAAAAUGACCAACUUUGCCUGGUAAUUAGAGUAUUAUCAACUCAUUCCUGGAUUGGUGUUUGAUGGAAAUUUGUGUGUGUGUGGAGUCAGAAAGGAAGAUGGAAAUUCGAAAUACGUGAGUUGGAAACGUGCACUGAAAAUUUAGCUCCAACAGCAGCGUUUGGGGAUUGUGCUCCACAAAGGUGGUUUUAGUCCCAUAAUGUUGAAGAGAUAAUUGAUGUAUUGAAUUACUUCAACCUUCUUCCUAAGGGUUUUCAGCACUAAGAGGCAAUCAGGUUUUACCUUUAUUUUGCUCCAUUUGCAGUCAAAGGAAUGUAUCACUGUUUUUAUUCUGUGGAUGGGAACUGAGAAUUUGCUGGCAGGAUUAUAUGCAUUUUUUCUAGACCUGAGUGGUUUUUUAUCUGCAUGAUUCAGACCUGGCAACUCCACAACUCAUGUUUGAAUUAGGUGCAUGCUUAAAGUUUUGGUAUACUGCCUUUCAGGUAAUUUGUUACCAUUUUCUAUCCCAGUUUUGUGUUUAUCAGCCCGUUUGUGUUCACAGUGACUACAGAAGCAGUUGUGCAUGUCACGAGAAAUUACCUGAUAAGUAUCUGUUUGGUGACAAUACUAAAUCCUUUUUUCCUCUGUUUACUCUGGUUUAAACUGUGCCCUGCGGACAGGUAUUUUGUACAGCAGCCUCUGUAGUUUGGUGUGGAGCGAGCAGUGACCUGAGUUGGUAGGACAGGGUGGGGUGUCCCAGGCGUAGCGUAGGCUGCACGCUCUGCUCUUCAGAGCCGUACCGAGCAGUGUUCCUGCUUCGACCGCUUCAACCACGUCUGUUGGGUGGUUCUGUCAGCAGACGGCUGCCGAGUGCUGAAACUAUUUUUCCUAUCAAUCUAAUCCUGCAUUUCUAAUGUAGAUCUCGUGGUGGGCCUUAAGCUGCGUGUAAGAUGGCAGGAGAAUUAAUCACCUCAUUUCUGGCGAAAUGUGUUCUGGAGAGGGAUCUUGGGAGGAAGAUGGCAGCUAAAGACAAUAGGAAAUGUAUAGGAAUUUAGCACCAACGGAGGUGCUGUCUGUGCCUUUUGAAACUCUAAAUUCCUUGUCUGUAAGAACAGGGAGAUGAUUUGGUGACUUUGUUUCAUUCUGCCAGUUGAAGUGUAUUUUUAAGACGGGAGGAUCAGAGCUGUGUCUGAAGCUGUGUGGAUUUGCAGGAGUUUUCUGAGCAGGUUCUUGUGUCCUUGCUGGAUUUGGUUCUGUUUACAACCACAUCAUCUCUCAGGGUCGUUUCUCUGCCCAGCGGCAGCAGCAGAAGCUGCCGAAAAGAUCUGCAGGCAGUAUCCCUGCCUGCUGCCUGCCUGCAGCACUGUUCAUUAGGUAGUACAUAAAAUCAAUUUUUGUCUUCUAAUUAUUACUAAGGCAGAUGUCUUUGUGAUAACACGGCUAUCCAGCUCAGGUUUAGAAACAGUUUUCAAGGUUUCCAAGUAACUUACUCCUAUUCAGUAACUUUUCCUGUAAUUAGUUGUGGCCGGUUUUUCCCUUUCCUUAAAAGCAGCUCGGCCUCACACACUCGGUUAUAAGAAACUCUUGUCCAGGCAGAAGCAAUAACUAGUUGGACAGCUUCAGCACCACUUCAAAUCACUAGUCCCACGUCAGAUUUCUGACAGCUGGCGCGUGCACGGUCUGUGCUGCGUUCCAGUGCCGCAGAACAGCCGGGCAGGUUCCUCGGCGCCCCGGGGAUUGAAGCCGAGCGCAGAAAGCUGCAGGGAAAGGUGGGUGUCCGGGAAUGCAGCGUCCGUGGGGCGUUUGCCGGAGACGUGACGCGUCUGCGUUCUUCAAGGCAGCGAGUAAAUGAAGAGUCGGAUCCCUGGGGGGAAACGUAGCGUUUCUCAAAAUACUGCUGCCGAGGUCUUUUUGCUCGGUGCGUUCUUGCAGCUGAUGCCACAAACCUAAUUGCAGAUGGCCUCCUAAUGGAAUACGGUUUUUCCAAUGAGUAUUUUUGGCCUUUAAAAAGGCCGUUAACUAGAGAUCCGGGCAGCGUAAAAACAGUCAUUUUGACUGCACCCCCUGCGACCUGUGGUUUUAAACUGGGCUCCUAUUUACUUUUUUUGCCUUUGCUUCUGAGAGGAAGUUGCAUAGAAAGAACGUGAUCGACGCAGGAUGCGUAAGGUUCUGUCGCGUGUUCUAGGUAAAUGCACUGGAAAACAAACUCCUCAGGCUGUCUGUAGUCACUGCUGCAGGUAACAAAAGAGGUGGAGUAUUCAGCCGAGCGCGUGGUACUUUUUUUAGCGUGCAAAUGGCUCUUUAAGGCGUACACCCGCUACAUCUCCUUUGUUUUCCACCCCUGUAACCCUCACACAGAGGCUCUCCCCCACAUCCCCACUAAGGGCUGUGCAAUCAAACCUCUCCCCCACCUCACCCGCCCCUCCCAAACAGCCGGAGCCCUCGUCCCAGUGCUCCAGGCACAGGGCUCGUCCCUCCAAGUCUCGCUCAUACCAACACCAGGAGCAUCUCUGACAAGUGUCGAACACAGCCAUGGUGGUGUGAGCUUAAAUUGGGGCACAGAAGUGGGAGUUCAGCCCAGGUGCAGCAUGGUGUUACCUUUUGUUUGUAUCUCAGCAUUUCCCGUCCUUGUGUGAGGGAGGGCUUUCUCUGCUGUGAGGAACUUUCCAAGUGAGUGUCACUGUGUGAAAGUUGGAUUUUACUGUGAUACCUGCCACUGUCUCAUCCCUGUACUCCUAAAUCAAUGCUCCAAAGUAACUGACCACUAACAACCACCCCCUCCCCUCCCAUUUAUGUUCAGGUACACUGUACUCUUUUAAAGAGAAAACAUCAUAUUGAUGUUUCUGUGGAUAGCAUUGUGGUAGGUCCUGUCCUUGGCCAGCGAGUCCUGUCCAAGGAAUCGGGACUUCUGUAAGCCUUGCUGUGCUGCAAUUUUGUUUUGUGUUGCUGAAUUGGCACAGUAUGUUUUGGGAGUAGAAUAAGGUUAUAUUCCGUUAAACGGGAAGCAGUACUGUAUGUUUUGAGUAGGCUGUACCUAGUGCCUGUAGUGUACGGUCAUUGACAAGGGGAAGCUUCCUAAUAGCACUAUGGCAACGAAUGUUUACUUCCUGGAGCAAACCAGAAAUGUGAUUCAGCAAAAUCUCUACUAGCUGUAGUUUUUUAAUUCUGUAUGCUGGGGUGGACUGAAAGCACAACUUAGUAUUACCAAACCUGAUGCAUAAAGUCUGUACCAUAAUAUGAAUGUAAAGUGUCAGGGGAGGGGAAAAAAAAAAUAAAUUACGUUUUCUUCCCCAAAGUUAGAUCCAAGAAUGAUGGGCUAAGAUGUGUUUAGGGACCCAUUGCCUCCCACGUAGCUGUUACAUCAGCAGAACAGAUUUACUCUUUGCAUAGCUGCUCAUUCACAGAAGUGUUGAAUUAGCAGGGUAAGGAGGCGCUGUUGACCUUGUUUAUUAAGCCAGAAUGAAUUAACUCAAAGGGUCACGUUUCCAUUUCAGUGACUCCUGUGGUACAAAUUUUUUGAAAUGGAUCCAUAGUACUUGAACAUACCUUGAUUUUAUUGGGGUUUUUUUUCCAAUUCUGUCAGCUUCUCUUUUGUUACAGAAUGCUUGCAAAUAUCAACUCGUUCUGAAACCAUCGGUUAAAGCAUUUGCAUGGCAGAGUGGCUUUUUUCAUUGAAAGUCUGUCAAACAGCUCGGAGUGACAAGCCGAGGAAUGUUGUGGCAUUACCACGUACUCUUCUUGCUUCACGCGUUAUUUCCUUUUCUGGUAAUUAACACUGAGAUCAUACCCACUGGUAUGCACUUUUAUUCUCCUUGUCCUUUUUCCAUCUCCCUUUGAGAGUCUUUCCUCUUCCUCCUGAAUAGUUAAAAUAUUACCAGCUUUCAACUGGUUGUGCUGGUUUUUUGGAUACUGUGAGCAGGUGUCAUUUUAAGCAGUUGUGCCAUGUAUUUUAUUUGUAACUAAUGUUAAUAUUUGUCAGGUAUCAGUUUGUGAUUCUCAUCAUUCAGGCUCGGCUUGCGUUGCUCAGCGCAGUGGGAUCCAACCUCCUGUAUUGCUUUGCUCUCCUCCCUAAAAAUCUUAUUUCUUCAUUUUCUAGCUUCAGUUUGGAAUGACAACCUUGUGAAAGGAAAUGUCAGUUUACUUUUCAGAGGAGCCCGUAAGCUGGUUAUGCUUUCAUGCUGCUUAAAAUACUUUUUUUUUUUUCCUGUUUGAAGUUUUAAUUAUUUACAGCAGCAUUUGUAAAACUUUAGUGGAUAAUAGCCACUGUUAAAAAAACAAAAUAGAAAAGUUAAGGAGGGGAAAAAAACCCCCCACCCAGAAAGACUCACCAAAAAGGACAAAGGGAUCAUCUUUGCCUCUUACUCCAGUUGUGCUUGAAAAGAAAUGCCUGCCUGCACUGUGCUAGUAUCAAACAGCUUGUGCCACGUGCAGGUGUUUACCUGGAGGCUGUUUCAGUACUUACUGUCCUGAACUUUUCUGGAGCUCCAGCUUGGGCUAAACCCUGCAGGGAGCCCACACGAACUCCUGUCCUCCCCGUCUCCUUUCUAACCAGGAAGGCGCAUGCUGCACCUUCUCAGAUCAGCACUUCCCUUUAUAAGAGAAAUGAAAAUCCAGUGGAUUCCUGAACGUGUUGGUGUAUUUUUUUUUUCUUUUUCCUGCCUUUUUCUGGAGGACCCAGGAGCCUCUAGGACUUGUAGGAGAGAGAAGUCUCUCCUAUGGGCACCUGGCAUCCUGAUGAGGUAAUGAACCAUCCUGGUGAGAUAAUGAGCUGCCUGGGCUGGUGCAGAGGUGCCUCCCCCAAGGAGGAGGUACCAUUUUUAUGAGGAAGAGCUUGAGCAGGGAAGGUAGGUGGAACCUGUUGUGCUGAGUUAACUCCCUGCAUCAGGCUGCUGCUUCUGCAGUAACUGCAUGAACGUGUCACUUCCUGCUGUACUCACUGAGCGACGGCUGCUCCAGAGUAAUCCCAAAUUGCAUUGUUGGAGCAGGGAACUUGUAACAGCUUCACUUUUGCUGGUGACUUACACAAUAGAAACGGUCAUGUUAUUGUCUAAAUUAUUCUGGUUUUCGUCUCAAAGAGACUUAUGAAAACGGGUCCCUCAAAGACAAAACUUAAAGUCUCAGGAUCAGAUAAUCGCAGACCCAGCCCUAUGUUCGAAUCCAGCAUCAGGAGUUUUUUACCUGGCUUCAGACUAAAGCCAGUGGUUUUCAGCAGAGUUCUGUCUGGGCAGGAACACUCGCCCCGGGCAGAACGCUAACUGCAAGGGCCAUUCUGGGGUCGGAAGGCUCUGUUUGGGAGCCAACACACUUACUACCUCUGGCUGGGUCAGAAAAUGCCGCAGCGCAACGCCCUUUUCCUGUCGGGGAAGGCUGGCUUAGAGGGCACUGUGCCGGUAACUGCUAAAUCAUUGGAAACAGAAACAGCAAAGUCACUGUAUUGAUUUGUUAUUACAUUCAGCUGCUCUUGAGAUCACCGGUACGGCCUGCUGGUGGUGUCUGUAAGUACAAUCGCGUACAAUCAAGGCUGUUCCGUUCAGCCACGGACAUGCUGCUCGGAGCUGCUGUUUAAUACCGAUGUCUCACCCCGUAAUGGAAUAGGAAGGAAAUGUUUUCCAGUGAAUGUCACGAACCCUCUGCUGACAACAUUUGGGAUUUUAGUCAGGUUCAGGAGUUUAAUGCUGCUGCCAGCAUCAAGGCUUUUGAUAUCAAAUGGGUUUUUACAAAAGCUUUGGAUACUCGUUUUUACUGUCCGACAAAUCUUCUGUCUUUAUUAUGAAUGCUUUGUGUACGUUUCGCUAGCAUUUUCCAAGUGUUUGUAUGGUUUCUACAGCUGAAUAUCCUGUACGUUCUGUUUUGUCAUUUUCUAUUAUGGUUUCUACUAGAAAGCCUGUGCGGUUUGCACUGUUCUGCAGGUGAGAACUGCAUUAAAACCAUUUUUGGCUAAUUUAU